AUGAGUCGAGAACGAGAUCGACGAGAUGAUCGAAAUGGCAGCAAAUCAUUACGUAGCCAUGAUUAUUUAAUUAAACUUCGUGGUAUUCCAUAUUCAUCAACUAAAGACGAUAUUAAGAAAUUUCUCUAUCCAUGUCGUAUUGAUACUAUACAUUUAUUCAAUAAUCGUGUUAGUUCAUCAGGUGAAUGCUUAGUGGAUCUUGAAUCAGAAACAGAUGUCAAAGAUGCUUUAAGAAAAACAAAGCAAUUUAUAGGAAAUCGUUAUAUUGAAAUCUUUCGAACAACUAUUUAUGAAUACAAUUUUUUUAUUAAACAUAAAGGUAUGAUUUCAUGGCGUGAACCUGUUAUUCGUAUGAAUGGUCUUCCGUUUUCAUGUACAAUGGGUGAUGUACAAAACUUUUUUAAAGAUAUUGCAAUAGCUCGAAAUGGUAUUUAUAUAACACGAGAUAUGACGGAUAAUGCAUUGGGUGGUGGAUAUGUGGCUUUUGUUAGUAUGGAUAAUGCUUAUAAAGCAAUUGAUAUUUAUGAUCAAAAACAUAUUCAACACAGGUAUAUUCAAUUAUCUCCAUCGACAUAUGAUGAAGCUAAGAAAACAAUUACGAAUGACGCUUAUUUAAAUGGAAAAAGAUUUGCAGGUGAAAGUGAUGAUGAAGAUAAUAAUAAUAAUAAUCGACGAAAUAAUCGAAGUCGAAGACGUUCACAGUCAACUAGUGGAAAUCGUCGUCGACUAGUACAAUAUCGUCGUUCACCAUCGAUUUCUUCUCGAUCACGAUCUCGUCAGUCUCGUGAUGGUUCUCGUCGACGAAGUCAUAGCCGAAGUCCAGUACGUCGUUCAUCACAUACAUCAAUUCAUAAUGGAGAAUAUCUUGUUAAAAUGCGUGGUAUGCCUUAUACUGUAGUUGAAAACGAUAUUCGAGAGUUCUUUCCAUCAUCUUGUCAACCGGUGCAUGUUGAAAUCUUAAACGAUCGUCGUACAAAUCGACCAAACGGUGAUGCUCAUGUCUAUUUUAGUACAAUGGACCAAGUCAAUGAAGCUGUAAAAUGUGAUAGAAAAUAUAUGGGUAAAGAAAAUUCGUCGUUUUUCAUGAAAGAAAAAUAA